CAUGGGCAGGUCUUGAGGUGAGCUAAUAAAGCGAGAAUCCCAAAAAGCAAAGAGGAAAGCAUGAUCAGUUACUUGAAUUAGAAGCUUCAAAGAGAUAAAAGAGACUCCAUGAAUACAUCCGUGUCUCUCAUGGAUGAUAUUCCCGGCCCAUUACAUUAAUAUACAUCCAAUCCACCCCAUGCACACACGCCAGGAUAUAUAAAAAGCGAGUCAUCAUAACCGCCAAAAGCCCCUCUCUCUCAUUUCUCUCUUUCCGAAGGCACAAAUCUAAGGAGUAAGAACUGAUCAAGAAGCAGAGACACACAGCUCUUCGAGCUCCGUUUCUCACUUUCUCGAUUCUCUUAGCGAUGAGAGUUCCAGUCAAUCCUCCACAAACCAACCAAUCUCAGAACCCCAAACCGGUUCCUUGCAACAACAACACCGGCCGAAAUAUCGGCUUCCACAGCCCUACCAACACGCCAAACCUCUGCUACGAGCCCACCUCGGUUCUUGACCUGCGUCGGAGCCCUAGCCCCGCCACCGAAAGACCGGCCUCGGCUGCCGAAAUUUCAGCUCAUCCAGGCGUGUUGCAACGGCCAGAGGACCCACUUGACUUGGACGACCAUGCUCUGCAUAAUCUGGACUGGGAUUCGAUCAUCAAGGAACUGGGUUUGCACGACGAUCCUGGUCCUGCUUUGAAGACUCUUCACCAAUUCAAUCCCUGCGAGCCCCAGGUUCACCAUCACCUUCCGGAGCUCCCACACUCCCAGCCGUUCGAUGCAACCCAGUUUGUUCACUCUGAUUUCAAUCUCUCUGAGAUUUAUUCCACUCACAACCUGGCUCAUCACAAUCUCAAUUCCUUUGAUUUGGCCCACGACUUUCAUCAUAUCGGCCUCAACGGUUUCGAAGUUGUGGAAGAACUUAUUCGCGCUGCGGAUUGCUUGGACUCCAACCAAUUGCAGCUCGCCCAGGCUAUAUUGGAACGGCUCAACCCACGGCUCCGAUCCCCAGUUGGAAAGCCGCUCCAGCGAGCCGCCUUUUACUUCAAAGAAGCUUUGCAAACCCUCCUGACCACCGCAGGCUCGAACCGGCCGGCUCGGCUCUCUUCCUGGUCCGAAAUCGUCCAGACCAUCAAAACCUACAAGGCUUUCUCUGGUAUCUCCCCCAUCCCUCUGUUCUCUCACUUUACAACCAACCAAGCUCUCCUCGAAGCUCUCCACUGCUCUACCUUCAUCCACAUCGUCGACUUCGAUAUCGGACUCGGCGGCCAAUACGCUUCCCUCAUGAGAGAACUUGCCGAAAGAUCGUCAUCAUCCGAUCCUUGCAAACCCAGCGGCAACGCACCGGUUCUCCGAGUCACCGCCGUCGUGCCCGAAGAGUACGCCGUCGAAAGCAGGCUGGUCAAAGAAAAACUCUCGCAGUUCGCUCAAGAGCUCAAGAUCAGACUCCAGGUCGACUUCCUUCCUUUUCGCACUUUCGAAGCGCUAUCUUUCAAAGCAGUCAAAUUCAUCGACGGCGAGAAGACCGCGAUGCUUCUAUCUCCAACCAUCUUUCGCCGUCUCGGCUCCGCCAACCACAUCGCCGCGUUUUUCAAUGAUCUCCGACGAGUCUCGCCAAGCGUCGUGGUUUUCGUGGAUAACGAAGGGUGUACGGAAGGCGCUGGAACGUCGUCGUUCCGGCGGAGUUUCGUGGACAGCCUGGAGUUCUACUCCUUGAUGCUCGAGUCCCUCGACGCGGCUGCCCCCGGCGGCGACUGGGUCAGGAAGAUCGAGACGGUUUUGCUGCGACCGAGAAUUUCGGCGGCGGUUGAGGCAACGUGGAGGCGGGCUCCACCGUGGAGGGAGGUCUUUUGUGGCGCUGGAAUGCGGCCCGUGCAGUUGAGCCAGUUCGCGGACUUUCAAGCCGACUGUUUGUUGGGAAAGGUACAAGUUAGGGGAUUCCAAGUGGCCAAAAGUCAGGCUGAGUUGAUGCUUUGCUGGCACGAGAGGCCCAUGGUUUCGACAUCAGCUUGGAGGUGUUAGGCAGCGGCUGGGCUUGAUUUGAGGGGGGCUUAAAUUCAUAAUUAGGAGGGAAUAUGGUAGUUUGUGUUUAAUUAGUGUUUUGUUAGGGGAGAGCCAUGUUGGGUGCCUGGCUCUCUGGCUUAUACUCCUUUAUUGUUGUUACACAUAAGUCUUUUGCUUGUUGCCAAACCAACAUGCUUGGAAAUCUAUGAGGAAACCAUAUUUGGAAUUGGAUAA